GCCGGGGUUUAUUGGCAAUCGCGACAGUACACACGUUACGUCAACAACUCCAUCCSCUGAUUAACCUCCGGACUACACUGGUACCAGAGGUUUCUAUAUCUUCUCUGUAGGCCACGAUUAAUUCAGGGCUAAACGCCGUAAUUGGGCAGCUUUGCGCAGCCAGAAAGUUCGAUGGAAACGUCUGGGACAAGCCGCGGGGUACCAGUGUCAGUGAAAACCGAGACAAGAACAGAAGGCCUGUAUGGUUUAAGUUGCGGUUUGUGAAGCUGAAGAACUAUUUGUUCUGAGCUCAGCAAAAGUGUAAGGGGUUAGUCUUAUAUCUCCAUAUCUUUCUGCAUAUACAGUUAUUUACUUACCGAGCAAUCCGUCUAACAUUUCAUGCGUCACACUGUAUUUCUUAAGGAUUUGAGUGGAUUGCUUUUGACGCACACGCACGUCACGAUCAUUUGGAUGAAUGUUUUUUUUUGUGUGGAUAGUGUUUGGAGUGCAAGCUAAACUAUAGAUUUUUGCAUAGUAUUGAAAUUAACACUAUACGCCACGAAAAAUUGCUACAUAAACUAUAUUCAAUGUAAUGCUAGUAAUGCCAGCAUCAUGAGAUCUUAGGGUGUGGUAUGUAGCCUAUCCUAGAUGAGAUAUCGGAACUCUAAUCUAACAUGUACGAUUUUUGAGGUGAAAAAAUUUCCAAGCAUAUCCGAUAUCACAUCGGAGUGUUUAUUUUAUGGCGACUUAGCUAGACUAACAACACUGGAGUGGUGCAAGAUAUAAACGGCCCGCUUUGGCGAGCCUAUAAAAUAAACUGCCAAGAAUAAUAAGUCAACAAACACAUCUGUUAAUCGAGUAUUUUAAAAUUAACGUUAACCUUUGAAGUCAAUUAUGCUUGAAAUGUUUUUAUUUCAAACCAUAAUUGCCAAAACACACGGCAUUCUUUUGUCGGUGCCCAAGUUCAGAUAAACUGUCGUGAGUUCAUACCAAUAGAUCAACUUUGUAUUAAUCCGGCAUCGAUGUUGCUCUCUCCGUGUGACUCCUUGCACUCCUCCUACAUUCUAAAACUUAUGGCUACGCUCCUAGUUUCAUAUUGGUGUCUCAGGGCGUAGCGAGAAUGAGUACUCCCCGGGGUCAAGUACCGGGGAUGCUCGUGAGAAGAGUCCUCCUAUGUAUGUGUCCUAGAAAAAAAACAAUUAAAAUGGUUGCACUACCCUGUACGUGAAUCGGCAUCGGUGCUUUGGUUCCCUGCUAGCUGAGUAUCAUGUUGUAGUUCCCAAAGAGUUCUCGAUUACUAUCAGAACUCAACGUGAGAGACUCUGCUAGCAGGGAGCUACAGGGAGAUCCAGGAAGCCUCAUUUGCAGAAGUUACUAGUAUCGUUCAUUAGUUCUCUCUACAACAACGUCUUUCGGAACGUAUGGCCGAUAUUGAUAACGUCUGCAACGAAGGCCAAGUACUACUACCUUUUAGCGCACUGCCGGCCUGCUUUUUUACGAACAAUGUUUGGGCUCCCUGUGGUAUGGAAGGCUGAUUCAAAAUGGCGGACAGUAGAGAGGAAAAUAUGUGCMCAAGCGAUACAGAGAGACUGAUAUUGCCAUCACAACAAUCUGAGAAAGAAACCUUCAAUGACGAAUUUGAGUUGAUAGAACCUGUAACUAUAAGACAACCACUUGAAGAAUGCUGUUGGUUYUGUCCACGUCAAACCAUCAUGUUACURGCAUCURUYAUGGCUGGUYUAGGGGGUGUACUCUUUGGAUAUGACAUUGGUAUAGUAUCUGGUGCAGUAUUACAGUUGAGACAUGAGUUUGAUAUGGAUUGUUUGCAACAAGAAAUGGUUGUCAGUUCAAUGUUGAUGGGUGCUGUGAUUGCUUCACUUACAGGAGGCUUUAUAAUUGAUUUUCUGGGUAGACGUCUGGCUAUAAUCAUCAAUUCUGGGAUCUUCUUUGUUGGUGCUGUAAUAUUAGCAGCUGCUCAGUCUUAUCCAGUGCUGGUCAUUGGUCGACUCAUUGUAGGUUUUGGGGUCUCUUUAUCAGGAACUGCUGAAUGUGCUUACAUUUCUGAGAUAGCACCACCAAGAUGGCGUGGAAUGCUUGUUUCUCUCAAUGAAUUGGGAAUUUGUCUUGGGCUGUUGUUUGCUUACCUGGUUAACUUCUUCCUGAUUAAUAUUGCUUCUGGAUGGAGAUACAUGUUUGGUCUGUCUGGUAUUCCAGCCUUAAUUCAAGGAAUAGGAAUGUUUUUUCUUCCUCAAAGUCCAAGGUGGCUUGUAGUGAAAGGACAAGAUAGAAAGGCAUGUUCCUCAAUACAACGACUCCAUUGGUCAGGUGAUCCUUAUGAUGAGAUGAACAAGAUCAAAACUGGAUUGCAAAACAACUAUCAAUAUAGACUACAAGAUCUCUUUAGCAAGAAAAACAGCAUGAGACAAAGAAUGUUGGUAGGAGGUGGAGUGGUGAUCUUUCAACAGAUUACAGGUCAACCUACUGUUGUKUACUAUGCAUCAACAAUCUUUCAAGUUCUUGGAUUUGAAACAAAAGACAAAGCUACCCUUGCAGCCAUCAGCAUUGGUAUAGCAAAGCUCAUGGCAACCAUUGCGUCCCUGCUGACUGUUGAUAGAGGAGGACGCCGUAGAUUCUUGUUGAUUGGUUCGUCUCUAAUGAGUAUCAGCAUACUAGUCCUUGGAGUAGUAGUUCAUAUGCGUCCUUUUGGCCAACCAUCAGCUAAAUGCCACUAUACCAGCCCAUUGUUAAAUACUACCCACCCUACCCCUGCCAGUAAUCAGUCGUUGAUUAAUGGUACCGAUACGGGAUAUUCACCUCUMAACCCAACACUACGGUAUAUAUCUCUUACUGCUAUGGUGACCUUUGUUGGUGCCUUCUCGUUUGGCUUUGGACCUGUGUCGUGGCUUCUAUUAAGUGAAAUCUUCCCGGCUGCUAUCAAAGGACGGRCUUUUUCCAUCGUUACGGUACUUAACUGGGGAACCAAUUUGAUCRUAUCGCUGACUUUCUUAGACAUCAUGGGUUUAAUUGGGACAUCGUGGACUUUUUUCCUAUAUUCCUUUAUUGGUAUUGGAUCAGUCAUAUUUAUUUAUAAAUACGUCCCCGAGACAAAAAAUAGAACAUUAGAACAAAUAUCAGCUGAAUUCAACUCAAGGGUAACCAAGAAUGUGUGCCCACAAUCCGUUAUAAAGUGCUUCAAAGGUUUGACUACACAAGGCAAUCAAAGAAGGCCGUUCAAUACGGGGUCAGCGUCGGACWUUUUAUUAGGAAAUGAAGAGUCAUGACUGAUAGUGAAAAUUCUAUCAUCGAAUAUCGUUAAAUUAUUAUGAUUGGGCAGAGAUCCCACAUGAUAAGUCUCUUUCAGAUCGUUGUCUUAUUUUUUUUUUAAUUUAUGUUGUGGUAUUUAUUUUUUUGAUAGAUGUAGCGGAUAAUAUAUGAUUAGAGAGUUGUAUAUAUUUACUAUAUGUGCUUGAAUCUUCGUAGAUUUAAAGCAAAAGCAAACAAAUAAAUUAUACGUGAUUAUUUUUUA